UAAAUUUUAUCACAAAAAUUCAUACUCGGAGGGAGGAACAGCAAAAUAUUUUGGGGAAAAAAACGGAUACAGAAACAGAGUGAACAAACUUGAUUCUCUGGGUAAUCUGAUGACGACGGGGUAAACUCUCGACGGUAUCGGUUUUGACAUAGGAGUUGGUUCAAUUGUAUGGUUUGAAGUUCCGAUCGAGGUUUAGUCGUCCGGUCAAGGCAUAUACUCAGUUUCGUUGUUGUUGGGUCUUCGUUCGUUUUGCUGUGUCGGCUCGAUUCAAUUUUGGUAAGGGAUUUCAGCUAUACAGAAGAUUACAGACAGCUUCAGAAAGAUUUGAUUUUCUUGAUCAGCUAUUGACAGAAAGUUCCCUCGAGGGUGUCAUGGGGUUGAGCAAAACUGAAGUGAACUUGAAGAGGUUACUUGUAACUGCACCACAGCAGCAAAAUCAAGCAAAGCUUAUACAUUAUGUUGCCACUUUGCGGGAACUACUGGAGCAGUUGGCUGACGAGAGGAAUUCUGAUGGAUUACCAAGGGUUUCAAAAGCCAAGGUGAAUGAAUACGCUGAGAACAUUGAAACUGUUGCUGCCAAGUUAGCUGUGCCCAUGUCUGAUGUGCAUACACCCGAGGAACCUGUGGCUGAGAGUUCCAGCAGUGGAACUCCUAAAGCAGAAGAAAGUGUGAAUUCUGCUUCCGAAGGAUUGAGAAGAAGAUUUGGGGUCCAUUCAAACAAUGAGGAGAGAUCUCGAGAUACCAUUGAUUCUGAUCAAUCAUCAGCUGCAGUCAAACUGGAUGAUGCUGCACGGACACAUAUUGAGAAGCACAGGAAACUUCAGGAGGAUUUGACUGAUGAAAUGGUUGUUUUGGCACGGCAGCUCAAAGAGAGCAGUCUCAUGAUGAAUCAAUCCAUCAAAAAUACUGAAAAGAUACUCGAUUCAACUGAGAAAGCAGUUGAGCAUAGUCUGGCAAGUACAGGGCAUGCAACUUCCAGAGCUAUGGACGUCUAUUCUCGGAGUUUCAAGACUACAUGCUUCCAGUGGCUUUUGAUCUUUGUCAUGACAUUAAUCUUUGUCAUGGUCGUAUUACUUAUUCGAGUCACUUAGGAGAUAUAACACAAACUCUUGCCUUUUCCCUAUUUGUGUCUAGUACCAGAACAUACCUCAUUAGUAGGGACAGGCAAAACCACCUGCAUUACUCUCCUUUAAUUUUAUUUAACUCCAACUCCAUAUGCUUUAUAUUGGAUAUAUUAUUGGUUGUUUUUAUUAGUACAAUUUUUAGUUUUUUUUUU